GUACGAUUUUUCAAUAUGUUUGAAUCUUUUGGUUGGCCAUGCCAAACGUGUUCGGCGAGAAGUUUGCAGUGGAAAGGUUCCUGGAAUAUUUUCUAGCAUAUUUAAUAGAAAACUUGCAUUUCAAUACUAUCUGAAUUUAGCUUGAUGAUAAUAUGGCACAUAAACAAAUCUACUACUCAGACAAAUAUAACGACGAACACUAUGAAUACAGGCAUGUUGUGUUACCUCGGGAAAUGGCAAAACAAGUCCCCAAAUCACACUUGAUGUCUGAGGAUGAGUGGAGGCGACUUGGAGUGCAGCAGUCUCUGGGAUGGGUGCAUUACAUGAUACAUGAACCGGAGCCUCAUAUUCUCCUGUUUAGACGACCACUUCCAAAGAACUGAUUCUUCACAUUCCAAAACAUUCCUACCUGUCAACAUUCUAAUGCAGUAUUCAGCGAAUACUUGCUCCUGUAGGAGUUAUUUUGUGUGCUGUGCAUGAAGCAGUGUUUGUCUCAACAACCAAGUUCAGUCUGAUUGCACAGAUGCUGUGAACGCACUUUCAGUGUGGGAUUGUGAAAUGUAAAGGGCAGUCAGUUUACUCCACACCUUGCUACUACACUGGUAUUACCAAAGUGCCUAGGACUUAAAAGGAAAGGUCAACCUAUUAAUGGUUUAGAUCUUCAGAUACUGAGUGGUCUUAGUCUUUUCUGAAUGGAACUAAGUGUACAGCUAUAACGUUUUCAAUCACUAUAAUUGUUGUAUCUAACUUUAGUUAGACUAAUGAUGUAUACUGUCAGGUUGAAGGGUGCCACUAUAAUGUACUUGUUUCAGGUUCCUCAAAGUUGGUGUUUUCCAUUGACUAUACAUCUGCACAUAUGAGGGGUAUGAAAUCAUAGCCAUACAUGUUUAAAAUGUUGUUCACCACAGCCUCUAAACUGAACUACUUCUAAAACAUUGAUAUUAUUGGUCUGUGAAUCAAACUUACAAGGUAUCUUGACAACCUGCCCCAUUUCUUUGAAUCACUUAACCAAAUGCUUAACCCAAUAUAUAUAUAUAUUUUUUUUUUUUGAAUGUCAGAACUUUUGAUGAAAAUAAAUAUAUUUUUGAAAUGGUUUUCCUGAUCAUGCAUAAUUUGAUUAUGUAUUUAGCCAUGUGAAGGUGAUGUACUGUUCAAAUACUGAAUGAAUACGUAGAAAUUAAUUGGUGAAUUCCAUCUGUUUAAUCUUGAUUUUCAGGUGUAUAUUUUCUAAGUAUACUUUUUCUGUGCACACGAUAUCAGUGAGUAAUAUGGUCAGUUUGUGUAUGGCUGUUAUUACUUGUCAGAACCAUGAUUUACCACUAGAUGGACAUGUUUCGCUACAUUACUCAGAAAGGAUACUUCUGAACUUUUCAAUGGGGCUAAAAUAAAGACAGCAAAUGUUAAUCUUUCACGUUAACAGCUUUUACUUCAAAAUAUGCCAUUGCCAUAUGAAUAUAAUGCUUGCAUGCCUGCAUGUUUUGAGAAGUAAAGUUUUAAAGAGAUCAGCUGUUAUGUUUACUGCACUUGUGUGAAGAGUUUGCCAGUUAUAAAGUGGAUUAUUCAUUCUC